GUAAUUCAGUUUUUCAUUUGUUUUAUAUUUUCAUUAUCUUUUUCAUUUCAGUAGGCUGUUCAGUAUUUUAAUAUUUAAGUCUUUUAAGCAGACACCAAAGUUAAGAUAAUAUUUCAUUUGUAAUAAUUUCUCUGAACAGAGUAAAUGAGCUUCUGAUGUCUGUUCCAACACUUCUCUAUUAAUGAAUGACUGUGAAGUUAUGUGUGGUGUUUAUCGUAAGAGUUACACAUUUUCAUAUUUUGAAUCAGAUAAUGCAGAAAACCUUUUUUUCUUUCCCAGAACAUCUUUGUAUCUCCAACCCAUGUGAAAAUCUGUUCUGGAAAAGCAUUGGUAUGGGAAUUUUGGGUUCAUCUGCUCUGCUGUGAAUAAGAGGCUUUAUGCAAAGUUUCCAGGAACCAUGUGACUUCCAGUCUAGUGCUGUAGAGGUUUUCUAUCGACCACAUCACACGUUGCUAAUUAGGCAGGGCGAGAGAAAGAGAGGGAGUGAAGCAGAGCAAGAAAGAAAGAGUGCGAGUGCUGCAGUCUAUACUCAUUCGUCCGUGGACCGCCAUCAGUUCACAUCUCUCUGAACAUAUGCAGUCUCACAUAGCCUGAGACAGACAGACAGAUAAACAGGCUGAGAGAAAGACACGGCAGAAGACAGACUCUGAAGGAGGUCAAAGGUUUCACAGGGACUGAAGUGGCAUGGCUCAGGGCUCUGACAAUAACGACACCAGCUACACCAAAUCUCCCUCACCGGGCAAUAAACAGGGUUCAACGGAUGACGUAAGGAAAGUGAUGAGGAGAGAAAAGAACCGAAUCGCGGCGCAGAAGAGCCGAAUGAGACAAACGCAGAAAGCCGACAGUCUGCACCUGGAGAGUGAAAAUUUGGAGAAGGAAAACGCAGCGCUCAGGAAAGAGGUGAAGAGACUCACAGAAGAGGCCAAAUAUCUGUCCACGGUCCUGAGCAACCAUGAGCCGCUGUGCACGGGCCUGAGCGGCGCGUCCACGGAGCUGCUGUACGGCGCGCAUCACGGCGCGUUCCACCAGCACAUCAGCGUGCCGCACUACCCGCUCUGACCGGCAGAGGCCGCCGGAGUUCCGCAUGGAAUCCGCCUGUGGGCGACAGUCAAUGAACUUUGGUUGAGUCAUAAACAACGUACAUAGUCAUCAGCGGGCAUUGAAAUGAUCUUAAAAUCAUCUGCUGAGUAUCAGAUAAAUAAAACAAGCCUCAAGAUGAAACGAUUUUUGUGACGAUAUAUUAAUAUCAUUUUUAUUUUAUUUUUUUGUCUGAAGUUAAAUAAUCCCAGUUCCUUGAACAAAACCUCAUGUCUGUAAAAUGCAAAUGUGUUAAACGUAGGCUACUUGCAAAGGUGCAUGGCAAUGACACGAUGAAUGUUUUCAAUUUAGAUUUCAUUAAGCCAGUCUACUGAUUCAUAUGAUCAUUUAUUUUAUUCUAUUUCUGUGAAAUGUUAAUGAAAUGACUGGACUUUAUUCUAAGAAAAUGAUGUUGAUUGUGUAUCCUGUUCAGAGAUAUUAUGUGUGAAUGUUUUUCUAUUAUGACUCAUUGGUCAAACAUUCUGAAUGUACUUUAUACACAAUUCUAGCUGAAUAUUUUUAUUCUAAACCCGUUGAGAUCUUCUAAAGUUGUACAAACUGCUGUGCUAUAUCUCAAAUGUGGAGGAGGGAAAAUUUGUAUCUGUGAUCUUCUGUGAUCACUUGUGAAGAAAUAAAUAAAUAAAUGUAAAAUAUACAGACACAUUUCAUGAAUUUGAA